UGUGAGCCAAUAUUGACAACAGAUGACAGCCAGCCAAAUGUCAAAUUUUGAGGUUAGCAUCUUGUUGUGUUUAUUUAAACCAAAAUAAGGCAAAAAUGUGUAUAAUAGCGUGAUAAAACUCAAGAUCAACGCAAUGACGCUCACGAAAGGCAUUGUCACGGAGGAGAAUUUCCAAAAAAUUUGCAAAUUUUGCUUGGAAGAAAAAAAUUUCAUUUUGGCCCUCAACUCAAUCAUUGAAUUCAAAGAUAUAGACCUGUCUCCUAUUAGUAUUGCCGAUAUUUUAUCACGAGUGACCUCACAGGGCACAAACAAUAGUUUUGAGCCCCUAAUCAUCUGUCACGACUGUCUCAACGAGUUGAAAAUCGCCUAUCUCUUCAUUCUCAAGUAUGAAGAAGCCUACAAGUUGCUACACGCCUUUGUUUCAAAUUACGUGAAGAAAGAAGAAGGUGAAAGUGAUUGUGGAAAUGACAAUAAUAGUGAGACUGAAGUUCAUUACGAGACUCGAAACGUUAGUAAAAGACGCGCGAAUUUGAAAAAACGCGGCCGAAAGAAAAAAACUGAAUCAAAUGAAGCCCCAAUUCCUGACGCGUCCAAAGUUUUACACUCUUGCCCCAUUUGUACGAAAGACUUCACCGCUUUGGAGCUCCGCGACCACGCACAUACUCACAAAGGGCUGAAAAAAUACCUCAGUAUCCCCCCUGACAAAAAAGUAACCCCGACGACGAAAUUUUCGACAAGACGCCAUCUUGAUAACCCCAAUGAGACAAUUUUUAAACGCCCUGUAAAGCUCCACAAAUGCCCUUAUUGUAAUGAGGAGUUCCCAGUUAACGAAUUUCGCGUCCAUAUCGACAUCCACCGCAAACAAAGUGAAUACAAAUGCGAUAAGUGCGAGCGCGUUUUCAAAAGACUAAACCAUUUGAACACACAUCGGGUCAAACAUUUGAAAGAGUAUCCUUACAAGUGUGACCAAUGCGGUAAAGGCUUUGUGAUCAAAACCAACUACGAGUGUCACAUCUUAACCCACACCAACAACGAGCUGCCCCACGAGUGUCGCUACUGUCUUAAAAGAUUCUCAAAUCCGGAGCAUUUAAACCGCCACCAAAUCAUCCACACCGAAAAUGUCACAUAUUCGGUGAAGUACCGCGUUUGUAAGUGCCACCACUGUCUCAAAACGUUCAAAGACAAAGACGAGUUGAAAAGCCACGCUUGCGUCCCGGUCGAGCAAGCGGUAAACACGCGCUUUCCGUGCAAGACGUGUAAAAAGGUUUUCAAGCACUCGAGCGGUCUCUACAAUCAUAAUCGAAACAUACAUAAACUGAAAGGUGCCAAAACGCUGUGUUCGGUCUGUGGUCACUACGUGUCGAAUAUUUACAAUCAUAUGAUGCGGCAUACGGGGGAGAAGCCCUACCAGUGCAACCAGUGCGAGAAGAGGUUCAUUGCGAAGCCACAACUGAGGCAACACCUGCUGGUGCAUUCGGGGGUCAAGCCCUACGUGUGUAGUGUGUGCGCGAAGGCGUUUAAUAAUUUGUACAAUUUACAAGUGCAUGAGAGGAUACAUAAGGGCGAUAGGUGCCACAUUUGCCCCGUUUGCAGCAAGGGCUUUCUCGAGAAGUCCUACUUGAAGAAGCACAUGAACGUACAUUCGAAAGUUUAGGUUUAUUUAAGUAAUGUUUGUUUUACUGUGCGAUAAUGUCGGGGAUUUACCGACUAUUACAGACUUCUGUUUUAGUAAAUUAGUGAUUCCUAGAAGAUCAAAUAAAUUGAGGAUAAUACAAAA